AUGUCUGAAAGCGCUAAGAUCAAGAUCAUGAACGAGGUCAUCCACCGCCUCUGGGCUGAGGAUCCUGAUACUGCUCAGACCCUCAAGCGCUACAUCAGUGAGACCGACCACAUCAAGGACAUCAUGCAAGCCGUCGUUAAGGACAUUGGCUAUGCCAUGAACGAUCUCAACCUUCGUGGCGAGAACGCCGUUGCUCUCAACCGUUGCAAGUACGAUCUUCUCCGUGCUGUUGACGAGCACAACCGUCUCACUCGCGAUGGCUAUGACCGAAACUUCCGUCCCCGCCUCAACUGCACCGUCAAGAGUCUCAAGACUGUCGGUGCUGGUAAGGAUGGGGCUUCUGGUGGCGGUAGUACUCAGCAGGACAAGGAGCCCAUGAUGGAAGUGACUCUUCGCUUCCCGGCCCGCGAGUACAACGACAGUCCUCACUGUCUUACUUCCGACAAGACCCAUGUCUACAUCAUGAUGAAAGAGCGUUGA